AUGUUCUUGCGUCGAGGUAGAUGCGCGUUCUCGACGGCCUCAACGGGUCGUCGCGUGUUGUGCUCAUUGCAGGAGCUGGGAGAUCUGCGGGGCAAAGGACUCAAAUUCCCGCUGCAUCCCCCAGAGCCAAAAGAAGCAGCUCUAAAGACCGACACGCAGCCACGUCGUCGGCGGGACCUGUUGGCAACUGGCUUCGUGUUCUUGAACGAGAAAACGCAGCAGCCCCGCGCUUUUAUCAAUAGGUGUCCUCACGCGAUGCUGGAGCUCGACUUUGACGACAGCGAUUUUUUCUGUGAAGGCUUCAUCCACUGCAAAGUCCACGCCGCGUUCUUUGAUCCCGAUACAGGGAUUUGUCUGCAAGGCCCCAUUUCAUCGCGGAAAUCCCUGAGGGGUCUGGACGAGCUUCAAGUAGAAGUAGAUGGGGAGGAUGUAGUGCUGCUAGCCGAGCAGUCCAAGCCGAGGUUCACCUCUAUGCCUUCUUACGUUAACCAGGAGCCUGAGGCCUACAAACUCGAAAAGCAGCGGGAGCUAGCAGAGGCUCUUGCAAAGCGCUCGGAAAUGUCCGAUAUGCAGGAGAUGCAACAACGGUUACAUGAGAAGACAAUGGCGCGGCUGAAGAAGUACGGGCAGAUAAACCAAGUGCCUCUCAAACCGAAGAAAUAG